UAAGAAAUCUUUCCUUGAUAGUGGUGGGUCAGAGGCAGUGGGGGCGUGUCUAGGAUGUAGGGGUUUGGCUAAGCUGGGGGUGGCGGUCUGAUAGGGCGUGACUCUAGAAGGGGCGUGGCUUGCUAGAAGCGGCGGGGUGGGGGCGGGGUCGGUACAGGCUGAGUGGGCAGCGCCAUGCGGGGCUCGAGCUGCGUGGGCAGUGGUGGCGAGAGCCCAGGUGGUACGGGGCUGAGCGAGGGGCCCCGCGGCCGAUGGCUGCGGCUCGCCCCUGUCUGCGCCUACUUCCUGUGUGUAUCCUUGGCUGCUGUGUUGCUUGCGGUAUACUACGGGCUCAUCUGGGUCCCCACGCGGCCGCCUGCGGGCCCCGCCGACCCCUUGCCCAGCGCUGCAGCUGCUCCGUGUGCUCGAGCAGCACCACCCGCCCCGCCUCCCGCCGCGUCCUGCUUGCUUGGGGCCUCCGGUGGGCCACGACCGCAGCCAGGACUGCCGCGGAGCCGCCGCCACAGCCGCCACCCAGCUCCGGGAGCGACGCCGGAGACCGCUCACCGAGUGCCUGGAUAGCCUGGCCCGCCCCCACCGUGGCCUGCGCCUGUCUGUCUGCACCUCCCGGCCUCGCCUUCGUGGCGCCGCCUCUCCUAGCCAAGGUCCUGAUCCUGCCCGACCUUAUCCUUCCCCGCUCCUCCCCAGGACUCAGCGCUCAUCGGCAAUAAACUCCAGCCUCAGCUGGCUUACCUGGUCUGUGGUCUUCAGCAGCGUCCGCUGGUCUCUUCGUCCGCGCGGGCUUAAAAGCUUUUCUCUUCCGUUGCUCGCAUGUAAUUUUUGGGUUGGAAUGGGGAGAAGCGGCCUACCAGUUUUCGGGGCCAUUGAAGGUCAGAUACUGUAAAGGCCUUAGCAGUUUUUGGAGUGUCACGGGCUCUCCAAUAGUGUCGGAGGCAAUGGUGUGUGCUGGAAACUGCAGUUGUAUAAUUUACAAUGGCAGGGUUAGAGGAUGUCACCCGUGCGCUAGCUUGUCCUUGCCAGUGAUGCUGUAGCUUUCUCAGGUUUGGGUGGUGAUGCAACACAUUUGCUGCUUUGGAAGUGUGGAGCAUAUAGCUGAACCAAAACAAAAAUAACAAAACUGGUCCGCAUUGCUCUUGGUGCCAUGCUGAGAAGCUGGUGUAGCUUCUGAUAAAGAAGUCAUGCGAUUGAGUCUAUUUUCCCUUACCUGUGACUGUGGCCUGGCCCUGGGCAGACCUGGGAUACCCUGCUUCCAUGCUUCAAGAAGGGUUUUCCUUUAUUGCCUUUCUUCCCCCUGAGCUGGACAGCCUCAGGAACUUGAGGCCUUUUGUCAGAUGGGAGUGUGUCAUCUGCCCUGCUGGUUCCUUCUGUCCUACCAGCAUUCCCCCCACAGGAUGAUGUACAGCAAUGUACUUAAACCUCUCUGGUCUUGUAAAAUGAAGACAACACAUUGUUGUUCAGAGAACUAAACCAGUGAUCCAGACCCGA